GUGGGUGCACGGCAUCGCGAAGGGCUGCGGCUUCCCCGAGCCCACCCGACAGAGGGAGCGCGGGCAGUGGGUCCGCAGCAACCCGAUGCUCUCCUCCCAGGAGCUUCCCGGCGUGCCCGACGACGUCCUGAACCAGGCCGCGGCGGCCGCGCCGCGUGGGCAGGGAACGCGUUCCUGUGCAGCGCGCGGCACCUCGAGGGCCUGCAGCAGGUCCUGCGGCGUCGGGCGCUGGAGGAGCAGAGCGCCGGGGUGCCGCGCGCCGCGCCCCUUCCGCCGGAGGUGAUCAAGGUGAUCGACUCGGGCUACUACGGCGACAGGUUCCUCAAGGACUUCGACGGCAAGACCUUCCCCAUCUCCAGCGAGGAGGUCAUUCCUGGGCACGAGUACUGCCUGGCCUUGGAGGUGCACUCUGGCGGCGCCUACUGGUCCCACCUCCCGGCCAGCGACGAGAGCAGCGGGAACAACAACAAGGUGGAGACCGUCAGCGCGUCGUCCUCCUCGGAGGGCUCCGCCGGCAUGCUGUCGCACUACGGGGCGGCACAGCGCGGGGCGGUGUUCGUCUGGCGCUGGAGACGCCUGCCACAGCUGGAGGGGGAGAACCUCCCGGGCUGGCUCGUCAAGGCGCUGAGCGGAGAGACGAACGACCCCUUGCGGAAGCUGCAGAGCGAGCUCGAAGCGGUGAGGCGGUGGCAGCAGCGGGCGGUGCUCGACACGGCGCUGCACACCAAGAAGGGCGCGGAGGUGAAGGACCCCUACAUCAGGGAGGUGUUGCGCCUGUGGCCGUGCCACGGCGAGCAGGGAGGGGAGCUGAAGACGUGCGCGUGGGUGGAGGGCCUGGACCCGAAGCUGUUCAUCGGCAAGAACGUGGCCGUGGCGCGCCUCUCCUACGACGAGGACCACACCUUCGUGCUGCACGCCGUGAUGUCGAAGCGGCAUUCCGAGGAAGAACCAGACGGGAGCAACCCGCCGUACACGCUGAAGACCACGUGGCGCAGGCGCCCCGCCGGCGUGCCCGCCGGCCUCGGGCCGCGCCGACAAGGCCCUGGGCGCGGCCCACAUGGCACACGCGCCCCCGCAGCCGGCCCCCGGCAGCGGCUGCGCGGUGCCCUCGCCGUACGCCGACUUCGGUGGCGCCUGAGGGGGUCGGUGCGUGGGCGCGGGCUCGCGCGAAACGCGAGGCCCAGCAAGGGGGGCCGCCGCCCGCUGCAGCGGAUCCGCUCCCCGUCCCCGCGGGGUCUGGGUCCCCUGCUCCCUUUGCUCGUGGCUCCCCGCCGUGCCGCUGCUCCCUUCUGCGCACCCCCCCCCCUCGACGCGUGGCCAGCUCCCGGCGCAGCCGGAUGUGAAUUCGAAGGCGGCAGGGGGGCCGCGCGACCCGCGUGGGCCCCGCGCGCGGUGUACAAUUGCUCUCGCCGCCGCCUGCCGUUGAAUCCACUGGAGUUUCCGCGCCUGUUUCCGCCGCCCCAUCGGCCCUGGGCGUCGUGGCAAGAGCACACAUGCCUGAAGUCACAGUUUCGGGCUUUCAGACUUCGUCCGCCUCCAGUGAGCUCGUUGCCUUCGGUGAGCUCACCGCGGCCCUCCUGCCUCGUCUGCUCUGGCCCCCACGACUGGGCGGCCUCCUCGAGCGGGGCUCCUCCCUCGAUUGCGAGGAGCGAGAGGACCGCGGCCCUGCCCCGUUCUUCGGAGGAGGACACGGCACCCGUACCGCUGCCCUUGCCUCUCUGUCCCCGCUUUGGGCCUCCCGGUGGGAGGCCCUCGUCGUCACCUCGUGGAUUCUGGAAAAAGCUUCCCGUGCGCGAGCUCCGCUCCUCCUGUGUGGCGGGACGGGUGCUUUUUUGGCUUCCCCCAGGCCUUGCUAGGG